AUGAGCUCUGCGGAGAUGUCAAUGGUACAGAUGUACAUUCCGACGGAAGUCGCCCGGGAGGUGAUUUACUCUGUGGGUGAGUUGAGUCUUGUGCAGUUUAUUGAUUUGAACUCGAAAGUCAACGAGUUCCAACGUUCUUUUGUCAAGGAGUUGCGGAGAUUAGACAACAUUGAACGGCAAUACACGUACUUCAAGACCGAGCUAGACAAGAGGCAUAUUGAGGUUAAAGCGACGCCCUUUGAAGUCACAGGUGUUCAGCAAUCUGAAAUUGACGAGCAUGCGGAGAAUGCACAGCUUUUGGAGGAUCGGUUGUCUCAGUUGAUUGAUGCUAACUCCGAUUUGUAUGUUAAUCAAAGAGACUUGAAACAGUUUAGAUACAGUGUUCAAGCAGUAGAUAACGUUUUCAAGAGUUCGAGUAAUUCUGACAUUCCCAGUGGCCUUGGGGAGUCCGACGAGUUGUUGGGCAACUUGGAAAGUGGUGGUAACAGUGGUAGUGGUAGCCGUCAAGGUAACUUUAUCUCUGGUGUUAUCAGUAGAUCCAAGGUAGGUACCUUGCAACAGAUUUUAUGGCGUGUUUUAAGAGGUAAUUUGUACUACUACACUGAAGAGGUUGUUGAACCCAUUUAUGACGUCAAGAACGACGAAUACGUUGACGUUAACACUUUUAUUAUCUUCUCUCAUGGUUCAAUGAUUUACCAAAGAAUCAGAAAGAUCUGUGAAUCUUUAAACGCCAGCAUUUACAAUGUUGAUCUGAUUCCUGAUUUGAGAGCUGUUCAAUUGGAAGAAUUGAAGGUUAAAUUGACAGAUGUUGAUACUGUUUUACAACAAACAGAAGCUGCUUUGAACUCGGAAUUGAUUGCCAUUUCCAGGGAUUUACCUAAAUGGUGGGAAGUAAUUGCUAGAGAAAAGGCAGUGUAUCAAACGAUGAACAAAUGUGACUAUGGUGAUUCAAGAAAGACUUUAAUUGCUGAAGGUUGGGUACCAAGUGAUCAAGUGAUUCAAUUGAAUUCAGCUGUUAAAGGUGCUAACAACACUCAAUCCAUUCCAACCAUCGUUAACGUUAUGGAAACCACCAAAACUCCUCCAACCUUCCAUCGGACCAACAAAUUCACUGAAGCUUUCCAAUCAAUUUGUGAUUCUUAUGGUGUUGCUACUUAUCAAGAAGUUAAUCCUGGGUUACCGACCAUUAUAACAUUCCCAUUUAUGUUUGCUAUUAUGUUUGGUGAUUUAGGACAUGGUUUUAUUUUAUUUUUGGCGGCUAUAACUUUGGUAUUGAAUGAAAAGAGUAUUAGUGCCAUGAAGAGAGACGAAAUCUUUGAUAUGGCUUUCACCGGUAGGUAUAUCUUGUUGUUAAUGGGUAUCUUCUCCAUGUAUACCGGGUUCCUUUACAAUGAUAUCUUUUCCAGAUCAAUGACUAUCUUUAAAUCCGGUUGGGAAUGGCCAGAAAAGUUUGAAAUCGGACAAACCCUUUUUGCCAAACAAGUUGGAACUUAUGCUAUGGGUUUAGAUCCAGCAUGGCAUGGAACUGAAAAUGCCUUGUUAUUCUCCAAUUCUUAUAAGAUGAAAUUAUCCAUUUUAAUGGGGUAUUUGCAUAUGUCUUACUCUUAUAUGUUCUCAUUGGUCAAUUAUCUUUAUUUCCACAGUGUUAUAGACAUUUUGGGUAACUUUGUCCCCGGACUUUUGUUUAUGCAAGGGAUUUUCGGUUAUUUAUCCUUGUGUAUUGUCUACAAAUGGUCAGUUGAUUGGUUUGCUAUUGAGAAACAACCUCCAGGGUUAUUAAACAUGUUGAUUUCUAUGUUUUUAUCUCCGGGAACAGUGGAAGAACCUUUGUAUGGUGGUCAAGCCACGGUCCAAGUAAUUUUACUCGGAGUUGCAUUGGUAUGUGUUCCCUGGCUUUUGCUCUUGAAGCCCUUGUAUUAUAAGAGAAAGUUUGACCGUGAAGCCAAGGAACAAGAGUACAUUCAAUUGGCCAAUAACGAAAGCGAAGUCACAGAUGAAACCAUUGAUGAUGGUGGUGAUGGUGACGAUGAUGAACAUCAUGAGGAACAUACAUUUGGUGAUAUCAUGAUCCACCAAGUUAUUCAUACUAUCGAGUUUUGUUUGAACUGUGUUAGUCAUACUGCUUCUUAUUUAAGAUUAUGGGCAUUGUCCUUAGCCCAUGCUCAAUUAUCUACUGUGUUGUGGACCAUGACAUUGGGUGGCUCUUUUGGAAUGGUGGGAGUUUCAGGAGUGUUUAUGACGGUGAUCCUAUUUGGAAUGUGGUUCAUUUUGACAGUAGUCAUCUUGGUGGUUAUGGAGGGAACUUCAGCCAUGUUACACUCUUUACGUUUGCAUUGGGUUGAAUCCAUGUCCAAGUUCUUUGAAGGUGAAGGAAGAUUGUAUGAGCCAUUCACAUUCAAGAGUUUAUUAGCCGGAGUUUUCUAA